AUGGAAGUAAUUGAAAUCGAAGUUGAGAGAGAAGCGACAAAUCCGUUUGUCAAGAGUGGCUUGGUGAGGACACCGCCGCCGCAAACCCAGCAGGUGCAAAAGCAGCACACGAACGAGCAGCAGGCUCAGCAGCAGUAUAGCGCGUGGACGAAACUACCACAACCACCGAGGGUAGAGGCAGCGAAAAAGUUAGUGGACGAGCUGCACGAGUAUGUGGAUAAGAGAAGUAACGUGCACAAAGACAUCAAGGCGUUGGUGAUUAAGCUCCAAGGCGCUCUUGUAUUGAUUGUAUUGAAUGGCGAACAUGAGGCACGUCGCGCAGCGCAAAUGCAAAGGGCAGAAGCCGACACAGCUACGAGGGAGGUCAACACGGCGAGUAAUGUCCCCCCUGGGGUGCAGUCCACGCCCUUCUUCACACCAAAGAGGCCAAGGGCAUCGCCUGGAGAUGUUAGACCAGGUGGUCCCAAGAGACACAAGGAUGCCCGUGUCACUGGAGCUAAACUACCACCAGAAGCAACCGACGCGGUAAACAGCCGCACUGAAUGGCAGGUCGUCGGCAAAAAAAGGAGAAAGCGAGCAAAAAAACCGCCCAAAAAACGUAAGGUCGUCAGGACGAGGAAUAAGAGCGAGGCUCUCAUCGUCAAAGCGAGCGACGACUCGUACGCCGAAGUCCUACGCGCUAUGCGGAUGAACCCGGAUCUUAAGGAGCUAGGGGAAGACGUGCAAAAGGUCAGGCGCACUCGUAAUGGUGAGAUGCUUUUCGAGCUGAAAAGAAACCCCAAAGCAGGCAGCAUCUCGUACAAGGAGCUUACCGAGAAAGCCCUCGGAAACAAGGUGGGAGUAAGAGCCUUGUGCCCGGAAGCGACUCUCCGGUGUAAUGAUCUGGACGAGAUUACUACGGAGGAGGAUGUAAAAUUUGCCCUGAAGGAGCAAUGCGAGCUAGGAGAGGUCCAGAUGACCAUCCGUAUCAGGAAUGGACCUGACGGCACCAAGGUAGCCUCAAUUAAGCUGCCAGUAGAUGCAGCUAAUAAAGCGUUGAAAGUGGAGAAAAUAUGUGUGGGUUGGUCUGUGUGCCCACUGAGCGUUUCCCAGCUACCGGACGUGUGCUUCAAGUGUCUGGGUUUUGGUCACUUCGCACGGAACUGUCAAGGGCCGGAUAGGAGCAAACUAUGCAGAAGGUGUUGCAAGGAAGGUCACAAGGCAAAGGAUUGCACGAAGCCUCCGAAAUGCCUAAUUUGCGCUGCCACGGGGGAUAACAAACAUCCUACAGGCGGUAGCAGAUGCCCGGCCUUCAAACGAGCGAGUGCAACGAAGUCCCAGUGGAAAUGCGAUGUUGCGAUAAUUUCGGAGCCAUACCAAAUCCCACCCGGAGAUGGAAACUGGACAUCAGACGGAGCCAAAACAGCAGCGAUAUGGGCAGUGGGAAAAUACCCCAUUCAAGAAGUGGUGCACUGCGCAGAUGAAGGGUUUGUUAUAGCCAAAAUCAACGGAGUCUUCAUCUGUAGUUGUUAUGCACCUCCACGAUGGACGAUCGAACAGUUCAACCGGAUGUUGGACAAACUAACGGAAGAGCUAACCGACCGAAUACCAGUAGUAGUAGCUGGUGACUUCAAUGCCUGGGCGGUCGAAUGGGGCAGCCGCCUCACGAACUCAAGGGGAAGCAGUCUUCUGGAGGCCCUAGCUAAGCUGAACGUAGAUCUUGCCAAUGACGGUACCACUACCACCUACCGUAAGGAUGGUCGAGAGUCCAUCAUAGAUGUCACUUUCUGCAGCCCGGGAAUGAUAAGGAGCAUGGACUGGAGAGUGUGCGAAGAAUACACCCACAGCGAUCACCAAGCGAUCCGGUAUUGUGUUGGACGCGACUCGCAGGUGGAAUCAAGCAGAACGCAGAUCGGUGAGCGAAAGUGGAAAACAGCGAACUUUAACAAGGACGUAUUUGUGGAAGCACUGAGGCUCGAGCGCAACACAAUAAACCUCAGCGCGGAAGAGCUGACUGCAACACUAUCACGUGCGUGUGAUGCAACCAUGCCUAGAAUGGGAAAACCCAGAAACGGGCGACGUCCGGCGUACUGGUGGAAUUCGACGAUCUCUGACCUGCGGGCAAGUUGUCUACAUGCCAGGAGAAGGAUGCAGAGAGCUAGAAACAGCGGCGAAAGGGAGGAAAGAAGGUUGCCCUAUAGAAUAGCAAGAGCCGCACUCAACAAGGCAAUCAGGCUCAGCAAGAAAGAGUGUUUAGAAGAGCUGAACAACAACGCCAACGAGAAUCCGUGGGGUAAUGCCUAUAAGAUGGCCAUGGCAAACCAUGGAAAGGUCCAGCAGUUCCACCGGAUAGGUGCCCGGAAAGGAUGA